AUGUCCCACACCAUCGCCAUCGUUGCCGCAGGUGCAAUGGGAAGCGCCGUCGCGGCACGUCUCACUGCAGCAGGCUGUACUGUUCUCACCAACCUCGACGGCCGCUCUGAUGCGACACGUCGUCGUGCACUCGAGGCUGGCAUGAUUGACGUCCCGUUCACUGAUAUCCCUCGCCGUGCAUCGUGCAUGCUCAGUAUCAUACCGCCGAGCGACGCGCAGUCUCUCGCAGAACGCUACCUCGAAGCCUGCAGGGCAUCAGCGAAUGCAGGAGUUGCGACGCCGGUGUACGUCGACUGCAAUGCUGUCAAUCCACAGACAGUCAAGGGCAUUGCCACCCUGUUCAAGCAAACUGGUGUUGGGUUUGUAGAUGCGGGUAUCAUUGGAGGUCCGCCGCGAGAGGGCUACUUCCCGACGUUUUAUGCGUCUGCUGAUCAGCACGAUCUCUUUGCGCUUGGAGCCCUAGAAGAGUUGCGGACCUAUGGGAUGAAAUUGGCAGUGCUGAAGGGCGAUGGCGCUGGCGCUGGAGACGCGAGCGCGCUGAAGAUGUCGUACGCUGGUAUCACGAAGGGCUUGACGGGACUGUUCACCACGAUGAUCCUUUCCGCCAAUGCGGCAUCUCCUGCCACCACCACUGCUCUCCUCCGGGAGCUUCAUGCUUCCCAGCCUGCGCUGCUUCAGCGCGCGACGCGCUCCAUUCCCGACAUGCUCCCUAAAGCUUAUCGGUGGAUCAGCGAGAUGGAGGAGAUCUCCGAGUUUGUAGGAGAACCGUUACAGGAUGUGCACAAGGGCAUGUCGAACGUAUACAGGCGCGUCAGAGAUUCGGUGGGUGGGGACGGGGAUGACCAAAGGGUCCUCGAGAAGUUCGUGAAAGAUGCGAUAGAAAUAUUGGAGAAGGAAAGGGAAAGUAUCUGA